AUGUCUUCCGAAACUAAAGCAGAGGAUGAACAAUCGUCAGAAUCACCGUUUGAGAUUAUGUCACUUCCCCAAGACGUCAUCGUUGACAUCAUAGCGCGUGUACCAAGAUGUAAGUAUCUAACACUCUCCUUUGUCUCUAAGCACUUCAGGUCACUUGUUGCCUCGCCUAAGCUAUACGCGAGUCGAUCCUUGUUGGGCUUCGCCGAACAGUGUCUCUAUGUUCUCUUAACUAACAACAUGACCGGUGAUCAACGUUGGUAUACUCUCUACCGGAAACCCUACGGUGGUUACGGCUUGGUCCUUAUCCCGUCGCUUCCCGCUAUGCCUUGGUUUGGAAGGUUUGUCACGGUUGGUUCCAGGGUAUAUGUGUUUAGUGGGAGUUAUAACCAUCACAAACCACAGGAUGCCUUAAGCAUCGACUGUAGAUCUCACACGGUGCAAACCCUCCCUAGCAUGCCUAUACACAUGACAGAUACAGUCGCUGGCGUCAUCGAUGGAAAAAUAUAUGUAACUGGAUGGUCGCAUAUCAACAAGGGGAAGGUCAUGGUUGUUUUCAAUACAGAAACGCUAAUGUGGGAGCCCGAGAUGACAAAGCGAGACAUUGAGCUAGGUGACACGAAGCCUAGUGGUGUGGUGGUGAUGGGUGAUAAGAUUUACAGGAAGGAUCAUGAGAAUAACGUUGUUUACAAGCCAGUGGAGAAUACAUGGGAAAGCUUCAGAUACGAUAUGCUGAAUUAUGAUAAAUGGGAGAAUAAGUGUGUGGUCGAUGACGUAUUGUACUAUUACGAUCAUGAGAAACACUUAACAAUGCAUGAUCCAAAGAAGAGGUAUUGGAGAGUAGUUAAUGGUUUGGAAAAAUUAUGGGCUUGGACGAAAUGGUCAGGGAGGAUAUCACAGACAGUGAGUUACGGUGGGAAGCUGGCCUUGUUCUUUACUAAACGGGAAACAGGAGAAUGUCAGAGACAGAUUUGGUGUGCGGAGAUUUCGCUGGAGAAAAGACAAGGAGGGGAGAUUUGGGGUAAAGUUGAGUGGUGUGGUGAGGUUUUGAGUUCCUGGGAUUUAGAGUUAACAAAAGCUCUAGCUGUUAUGCUUUGA